GUGUAGUGGAGGCUCAGCAUUAUUCCGUUGUCUUCCUUCUCCGUUCCUCACUCUCUUUUUCUCCUUUCUCUUUCUUUCACUGGAAUUUAACCUAGAUCAAAAGAUGACGGUGCUGUGAGAAAAGCGUGAUAGAAAGAGAGAGAGAGAGCGAAAAGUUCACAAAGCAUCUAAGGAGCACGUGAAUUCCGACAUGAAACGGUCUCAGGUUGUAAACCACCACGACAAAUUUGGAUCUGUCGUUUACAAACAUAGCCGAUCUUCGCUGUAAACGAAGCUUUGCUGAAACGACCACGCACUUUCUCCUCACCGUUUACUGCUCGUAACUCUCUUGUUCUUUCACAGCGUCCGUGUUCUGCUUUUUUUUUUCCCUGUUACUGUGAGAAGACCGUUACGCAGCGGAGGGUAAUUUUAUCACCUACCUUGUUUUUUUUGGCGUGGUGGAAUCGAUUGUGCCACAGGAAAAUCGGUCUUCGCUACUGCGUAUUUGGAAGUGGUUUUCUUGCUUCAGCCACCUGAUGAGGAAUUGAUUUGUUGAUGUUCGAGGUUGUUAUUCCAAUUUGUCGAGCAUGGAUAAAGUUUCAUCGGACUGUCCAUACCCCGGAUGCUUUUUUUGUGUCAUGAAGGAAGGGAAUCCGAGCAAGCGCCGAGCUAGUGUACUGAAAUUCUUUAGAGAGCUUCCAAUUCAAGAUGAUGAUGGGCAGGUUCUCCCUAUCAGUGGCCUUUGGAACACGGCUAUGGCUCAUCCAAAUGACCCGGAAUUCAUAGAGCUAGGUAUUUUUGAAUGCAUGGCUGCUCUCAUAUGGAAGGGACUGAAGAACCGGCGCUGGCUUUCUCAUGAUCAAAAUAUAUAUAUUCCUUAUUAUGCAGCUCAUAUAAUUGGUUCCUACACUAUGAAUAUGGAGGAAUUUGCAGAAAGUGCUGUGCAUGCAGGGGUCAUUCCUCCCUUGGUUGAGCUUUUAAGAGGCAGAUUAACUUGGGUUGAGCAGAGGGUGGCAGUUAGAGCAUUGGGACACUUGGCUACAUAUGCCAGCACUUUUCCUGCCAUAGCAAGCAAUGGUGAAAUUCUUGAGCUCUCCAUUCAAUUGGCAAUGAGUUCCCUGGAAAUAGUUUAUUCACACUUCUACCAAUAUGUCGAUAGAAGGCUUAGUUAUCAUUGUGAUCUGCUUACGCGUGGUAUGGGUGGUGUUGAAAUGGAGUCCAGGAAGGCUGAGGAAUGGGCUAGUCAGUUGCAGUGUUGGUCCCUUCAGCUAAUUAAUUGCUUUGCUUUUAAACAUGAAUUUCUUCCCACCAUAUGCAAACCAGAAUUUCUGAUAAAAUUACCUGGCAUGUGGGGUGGACUUGUGAAUGAGAAUUCACCAGCUGGUAUUGGCUUUUUAAGAACAAUUUGUCAUCAAAAGCUUGGUAGAGGGCCUGUUGCCAGUUGCCCUGGUAUUAUUGACGCAUUGUGUAAUAUUGCUCGCUCUUCAGAUGACUGGCAGUAUAUGGCUAUUGAUUGUCUUCUAUGGUUGCUUCAAGAUCCCAAUACAUGUCACAAGGUGAUUGAUAAAGUCGUGCCUGUAUUAGUUGAUCUUGCGGAGAUUACAACUCUGGGUGAUCACAAAAAGCUCGGUGAUUCAAUUGUUAGUGUUCUUCAAGAGUGCAUCCAGUCUCAAGGGUCAGGUCGAAGCUCCAUUAGUAAUCGUACUAAAGAACAGAUUGAGGAUGUAUUAAAUUCAAAGCAGAGAUUGAAGUGGGAAAAGAAUAUGCCCAAGGAAGAUCUACAUAUUAAGCAGGCCGCUGCUCUGGUUGUCAAACUUGAAGGAAAUUCCUUGUUCUCAUCUGGAAAUAUUUCUGGAGCUGCUUCAAAAUAUUCUGAAGCUUUGGCAUUGUGUCCUAUGAGAUCUAGGAAGGAGAGAGUUGUUCUAUAUAGUAAUCGUGCUCAAUGCCAUCUUUUGCUGCAACAACCUUUGGCUGCCAUCAGUGAUGCUACCCGAGCACUAUGUCUUCAUAAACCUGUCAAUCGUCAUGCCAAAAGCCUUUGGAGACGAGCACAAGCUAAUGAUAUGCUUGGAUUAGCGAAAGAGAGUUUGUUAGAUGCUAUUUUAUUUAUAAACGAGUGCUCUCAGUCAAACGAUCCUGAUCUUUCAUUGAGGCAAAAUAAAGUUCCAGAUUAUGCAGAGCGUUUAGUUAAGAAGCAGAUGCGUGCUGCGUGGUUAUUCCGAGAGGCAGCUGUUAAGCAUGGUGGGGUCCAUAGUCAGGGUGAUGGUGGUGAUAUGUAUGGUCCAGAGACAGAUGAUUCUGAAUGGGAGACAGCUAGUGAAAGUGAUAUAGGAAAUGAUGGAAGGGAUGAUAUGGGUGAUGAUGACGACGGUGAUUGGAAUAAUGAUGAUGAUAGGAAAGAUUAUGACAAGCCUUCAAUGAAAGAUAUAAAGCAUGGAUACAAUGUGCAGCUUGCGGAAGAAGAACCUUGACAUAGAAAUCAUUGCAUUUGGUGCAUUAGUUCUCCGCACAAAUGAAGCAGGGUUGGAUGCUGUGACUAUUCUAACUCUGCAUGCAUUGUGGGCUUUCAAAGAGAAAAUUCUAAGUAGGUCGUUGUAGUAAGUGGCGGGUUGAAAGUGAUGACUGAGUUUUUGGUCUUACUAUUAUUUGAGGUUGAUAUUAUAUAUAAAAGUUUUCCAUGUUCCAUAUUUGUUCUCCCCAUUUUUCUAGUCAAGUGUAAAAAUCGAAGAUUUCUAGUUUGGAGAACUGCAUAGCGUUUUGGAGGAUGUGAAGUUUUUUUUUUCUUCCGGAGGUUUGUGUAUAUAAACCCUUUGUGCUUAAGCUUUCUUUGAGUCUGUUUCCACUAUUAUUUUACUAUUAUUUUCAUCCUACUUUUCUUCA